UUCUCCUCCCCGGGUGGACGGCGGCGGCCGGAGUCGGAGCCCCAGCCGCGCUGCCCAGACAACAUAUCUGAUUCAUUGGCAAGACCACAAUCUGAUCCCAAAGAUGUGCUCCACAAACCCAGGCAAUUGGGUCACAUUUGAUGAUGACCCUGCUUUUCAGUCUUCUCAAAAGUCAAAGAAUUUCCCUCUGGAGAAUCAAGGCAUUUGUAGGCCAAAUGGACUUAAACUGAACCUUUCUGGUACUAAGGAAUUUCCCAGUGGAUAUUCCUCCACCAGCAGUACCCCUCUCUCCUCUCCCAUCAUAGACUUUUAUUUCAGUCCAGGACCUCCAAGUAACUCUCCUCUUUCUACACCUACCAAAGACUUCCCAGGUUUUCCUGGCAUCCCCAAAGCAGGGACUCAUGUGCUUUAUCCUAUUCCAGAAUCAUCUUCAAACAGUCCAUUUAUACCUGGAGCAGGUUCUUCCUUAUUGCCUACUAAACCAACCUGUUUAUCCCAUGCUUCCUUACUCAGUGACCACUCAUGUAUACAUCCAGCUCCCAAAGUGGGUCUUCCAGAUGAAAUGAGCCCUCACCAGGCUGACAGCCUAGGGUUCCAAAGUGAUACUCCCCAGUUUCAGUAUUUUCAGGAGGACUGUGCCUUUUCAAGUCCAUUUUGGAAAGAUGAAGGCAGUGCUUCCCAGCUCACCUUUGACCCUCCAGGAAGCAGGAAGAUGGUCCCAUCAAGAGACAAAGAGAUGCCUAUUGAUCAAAAAGGCUUAAAUCAAUGUUCACUCAGCUACAUCUGUGAGAAACUUGAACAUUUCCAAUCAGCUGAGAACCAAGACUCAUUUGGAAAUUUGUCUACGCAGUGUCAGUAUGCUGAAGGUGCUGCCUCUUCCUUUGUCCCCCACAUGCUCUUCAGGAGUCAGCCAAAAGCCGGAUGGUCUUUCAUGUUGAGAAUUCCUGAGAAGAAGAACAUGAUGUCUUCCCGUCAGUGGGGGCCAAUUUUUCUAAAAGUCUUACCUGGAGGAAUUUUGCAAAUGUAUUAUGAGAAGGGGUUAGAAAAACCAUUUAAAGAGUUACAGCUCAAUCCAUAUUGCAGGCUUUCUGAACCCAAAGUUGAGAACUUUAGUGUGACAGGAAAAAUCCAUACUGUGAAGAUUGAACAUGUGUCUUACACAGAAAAAAGGAAAUACCAUUCUAAGACAGAAGUAGUUCACGAACCAGAUAUAGAACAAAUGCUGAAGUUGGGAUCCACAGAGUACCAGGACUUCCUUGACUUUCUGACCAGUGUGGAGGAGGAGCUGAUAAAGCUGCCAGCUGUUUCAAAACCAAAGAAGAACUAUGAGGAACAAGAAAUUUUCCUUGAAAUUGUGGACAACUUUUGGGGUAAAAUCACUAAAGAAGAAGGCAAAUUGGUUGAAAGUACUGUGAUAACUCAAAUCUGUUGCCUCUGCUUUGUGAAUGGGAACACAGAAUGCUUUUUAACUUUGAAUGACCUUGAGCUGCAGAAGCGAAAUGAAUGCUAUUUUGAAAAAGACCCAGAAAAGAAGGGGAUUGAUAUUCUUGACUAUCAUUUUCAUAAGUGUGUGAAAGCACAAGAAUUUGAGCAAUCAAGAAUCAUUAAGUUUGUACCUCUGGAUGCCUGCCGGUUUGAGCUGAUGCGUUUCAAGACUUUGUAUAGCGGGGAAGAUCUUCCCUUUUCCCUGAAGUCUGUAGUGGUUGUCCAGGGGGCAUAUGUGGAGCUUCAGGCCUUUGUCAACAUGGCCCCGUUGGUCCAGAGACCAUCCUUGAGGUCCUGUGACAACAUAAUGAUACACUUUCCUGUUCCAUCGCAGUGGAUCAAGGCCCUCUGGACCAUGAACCUCCAGAGGCAGAAGUCCCUGAAAGCCAAAAUGAACCGCCGGGCGUGUCUGGGGAGUUUACAUGAACCUGAAUCUGAACCUGUCAUACAGGUCACUGUGGGGUCAGCAAAAUAUGAGAGUGCCUACCGGGCCGUCGUAUGGAAGAUAGACCGGCUUCCUGAUAAAAAUUCAAGUCCUGAUCAUCCCCAUUGUUUGUCAUACAAACUAGAACUUGGAUCAGACCAAGAAAUUCCCUCUGAUUGGUAUCCAUUUGCUACUGUUCAGUUUGGGAUUCUUGACACCUGUGCCUCAAGGACAGAGGUCAGGUCUCUGGGGGUGGAGAGUGAUGUCCAGCCACAGAAACAUGUUCAUCAGCGAGCCUGCUACAACAUCCAGGUUGAAAUAGAAAAGAAGUGGAUUAAAAUCGCUGGAGAAGACCCAGAUAAAGCUGGUGACUGCGUAACUCAGUAGGAGUAGCAAGAGUCAGUGAUGACGACCCACUUUCCAAAAACGUAAUUCACAGAAACCACACAAAGUUCUGCUACUGUAGAGUGGAAAUGACAGGUCCAGUGGUUACGUUUAGACCUGCAACCGAACUGUCUGUACUUUAUGCUUUUGAUAUGUUUGUGCCCUGGGGGUGUGAUCUAAACUGUGUCCAUAAUUUUCAUGAUGUUUUUGUUUCCUAGUGAAACUCAAAGGCGCUAUUAUUGUGACCUGACAGCCACUUGGCCAAAGCAUUUUUGAUUUUUUUUUUUUUUUUCUUAUCUGGUACGCGGGCCUCUCACUGUGUGGCCUCUCCCGUUGCGGAGCGCAGGCUCCGGACGCGCAGGCUCAGCGGCCAUGGCUCACGGGCCCAGCCGCUCCGCGGCAUGUGGGAUCUUCCCGGACCGGGGCAUGAACCCGUGUCCCCUGCAUCGGCAGGCGGACUCUCAACCACUGCGCCACCACGGAAGCCCAUUUUUGACUUUUGAUUACUUGGUGGCUGAUUGUUUUGCCUUCUGGGUUACCUGGGGCCAUAUUUAUUAUCCUCCAGCCCCUGCCUCUUCUUAUUGAGCUAGCAGUAGUACUAGAGGACGAGGCAAUCGAAGGAGACAUAAACCAAAGUACUUAAUUUUCCCUCUUGCUCUUCUCUGAAACGUGGCUAGUUGUAGGAUGAUGUUGAAACCACAGGCUAACAUGGAGAUGUGGGACUAUCUCUGACUCUGAAUUAUUUAUCUUCCUGUCCUAUUACCACACUGGUGAGUAACCAUCAGCUGUAUUUGGUACCUGUCUUUCACCCACGGUAUCAUUAUUUUCAAAAUACAUUUGUAUUCUGGUGUGUGCUGCAAAGAAGCUAGUUCUGUUGAUAUACAUAUUUUAGUACAAGUCACUAAGACAUAUUGCCCUUUGCUUGGAGAGAUUCCUUUCAAAAUGGAAUCCCAGUAUUGGACACUAGUUAAAAUAUUUAUGUAUGUUAAAAAUGAACUUUUAAAGUUCAUGAAUAUUGUUUCCCAGAAGUGCAGACUCUAAGAAUGUGUUUUGAUAAAGUUUUUUUUUGUAAUUAACACAAGCUUCUCUUGAGUAGAAGUCUAAAUCAUAUUAUGAUUAUUUUAUGUUAAUUCUGCUAUCAUGCUAUUUAUGCUAAUUCUGCUUAAUUUAGAGUAAUUUUCUUUAAAAGAUGAGCGAAGUGAAAGACACUAGCUUGUUUUAUCUACAUUUCUAAGAAGUGAUAUUUCUAUUCUUCAAAGUCAGGUAAAUGUUUUUUAUGAAAAGCCAACGGCAUUAACAAUUAUAAUUCUGUUUAUAAUUUCCUUUCAGUGUUUAUAGUGAAAGGUCAGACUUUUAAAUUUAGGAAAUCUAUAUUCUAGGUAUUUUUUUAGUCAGAAAAACAUGUGGAAAAAACAUGUGGUAUUAAUGUACCUUCAAUUUAUGUUGAUCCUUAAAUAUGAUUAGGGGGUAUUUUUCUUUAUUUACUAGAUUUGUUUUGAGUCAAAACUGAUAAAAUAGCGUUCUUCCAAACAACAUUAUUUGUUGGCCCACAGAGUUUGUGUCAUACAUUUUAUUUAAUGUUACAUUACAUUCAUUUUAAUCUGUUAAAAAAUGCAGAUUUUAUAAAACAAACAUGAUCUGUAUCAAUCAGCAGAUUUAAUGCUUUUCAUUAUUUUACUGUAAAGGCAAAGAAUGCAAAAGUUGACUGUUAAAAUGAAUUGGUAUUGCUCUUUUUAACUUCAGCUGAUGUAUUGCUCAUAAUAUCAUAUGCUUGAGACUCACUGUUGAUGUAUAGGAGGGCAAAUCUAUGUGCGUGUCAUUUAAAAAAAAUUCCACCAUCCUGCCUCAUCAUUUGGUGUGGCACAUUCUGGAGUGACUUCAAUCUGCUCAGAACAAAUAUGGAGGCGGGCGGAACCUGAUGCUGCUCCAUGAUACCAGGGACGGUAGCUGGGUUAAUUACUGCUGGUCCUUUCAGAUCUGUUUUAUGGCAUCCUGCCCAUAAAGAACUCAGGAUCUGAUUCAGAUGAACUUGAUGAAUAUUUACACCUCAAAGUAAUUUCAGCACAGGGUUCAAUUAAUCACCCCCUAGGCUUCACAGGUUGCCAGUAUGUGUGGGUACCUCACUGCUGGGGUCAUUUAUUCAUCAGCCCUCCUGCCUUCAGGAACAUCUCAAGAUUCAGUGCUGGAAAUGUAACAAGAGGCUGACUGAAGCCCAAGUGAGUUUCUGCAGCAAUGCAAAGGUUGAUGGCAGGAACAGCGGGGUGCUGCAGCAUAAUUGUUCAUUUGCACAUCUAUUAGGAUCCUUAAAUAUUCAUUACUUAAAGUUAAAUUAACAUUCUGUGUCAGGUGGAGAGGCUUUUUAAUACAAUUCUUCUGACCUCAGAAAUGGCAGAAGGUCAAAUGUGAUCCUGAUGCUCUAAGUGAAAAAUCAUGUAGGGUCCACAUAGACUUACAAAUUAAGAAGUAGAAUCUCCUUUGCCAGAAAGUAAAUGAUGAUCUUCAAAACAACAACAAUAAAAACUCCUGCUUUUAAGGUAGGGAAUGGAGGAAGGAAGUGAAUGAAGGAGGAAUUACUCCUUUCUAGCAUUUUAAUUUAGGUAAUUUAGAUCAAUGCUUUAUGAGUUUGACCCCUUUGGGGGUCAUUUGUUUAAUUGACACCAUGGCAGACUUCCAAGGAGUUGGCCAGUUUGGGAUGAAUUGUUCUGCUCUAGUUGGUUUGGUCUGGUUGCCUUACCAGUCAAAGGAUCAUAUUAACUGCGUAAAUGAAUUCAUGGCUUGAUGGUUACCUGAUCAAUUUACAGAUCUGAAUUUAAGGACAUUUCCUUUUUUUAUGGGGAUAGAAAUAGUUUAAACAUUAAAAAAAGUAUGGGAAAAAAACCCUUCCUAGCAUAAAUAAAGGCUGGCAUUGUUUGACCUGAUUUAUAUAUUAAACAGUUCUAGGGUUUUAGUUCCCUUCAUUCUGGGUCUGUGCUUUCGAUAUAGCCCUUCUUCUCUUAUAAAUUAGGUCAGAAGGCCUUCCUUAAUAAUGACUAAGUAUUAUUAUAUCUUAUUCAAAAUAUGAUUUUAUGUCAUCAAUACAAACAUAAAACAGAUUGAGCCUUAAUAAUCAUGUA